UCUAAAUCCGAGUGACCUUCUUUACGACCGCCAGAAACCGCUAACCGGCUGAGAGAAGCAGCUUGUUCCUGAUCCGGAGUGAUUUUAAACCGACACGUUUUAAUCAAAAGCUAACUAUGGGAGACGUUGGCAAGGGAAAGAAGGUUUUCGUCCAGAAGUGUGCUCAGUGCCACACAGUAGAGGAGGGGGGCAAGCACAAGGUGGGCCCCAACCUCUGGGGUCUGUUCGGACGCAAGACUGGGCAGGCAGAGGGAUACUCUUACACAGAGGCCAACAAGAGUAAAGGUAUCGUGUGGGGUGAGGACACCUUGAUGGAGUACCUGGAGAACCCCAAGAAGUACAUUCCUGGAACCAAAAUGAUCUUUGCUGGCAUCAAAAAGAAGGGAGAGCGUCAAGACCUCAUUGCAUACCUUAAAUCAUCAACAUCAUGAAGUAGUCAUAACACUCAGGUUAUUUAAUGUCAUUUUAUUGAAUUUUUGUUCAUUUUUAGGCUUGCACAUGCUACAUAUAUGGUUUUAUGUUUAGUCAUUUGUUAAUAUAUGUUAGAAAAGUGGCACUUCUUGUGAACCAGUGAGUUCACAGCAGCUGUUACUUCCUUAUUGAGGACAGGGUGUGAUCAAUCCUUCAAGUGGCCAAACAUAAAACUACAGUCCUUUCUUUUUGCCCCCUCCCUGUCAUUCUGUGAAUUGGUACUUACUAAAAAAAUUAAUCACAUUUAAAAUUGCUUGAUGUGAUAGGUUGCCUGACCUGUCAUUCAUUAUGUUUACCAUGACAACACGUGUCUGGUACUUUCUGCUAGCAGAGCCAUCCACCACCAACCUCAUUUUUAAAACUAUAACUCAAAUCAUCAAAUGUCAGAGUGAUGCAGGGUGGAAGUUUUGGGAUGUUUUGGUAGUUAAUUGGUGCUGACUCUCAUUCUGCUCCCAGCUUUCAUGCCAAGUGGAGUUUCUGAUCUUUGACAAGGAGUGAUACAGUGAAUUUUCUGCAUUUCCUUUUGUCUGUUGUUAAAUCUUGACCAUCAGAAGCUACCACUUAACAUGAAUGAUCUCUAGAUUCCACAGACUGAAUGUUUUGUCCUCUACAGCUUUUGGACAAUUCCUCCUGUUGUGUUCUAGGACUCCUGACAGAGCCUGAUAUCUAGGUUACUGAAGCAGCCCCUCUGAGCUCUGGUUUUUACCUCCUGCCAGUCAUCAGACUUGGUACAAGUUUUUAAAAAAUUGUGUUAAGGGUGAUGCUCUCAAUUUGCUUCCUUGCAGCUGAGAAGUAUGGGGUAUAAAUGUUUUUGCCUUCAAAACCACCUCCACGCUGAGAUCCCUACAGUCACCAUGUCUAACUAUGCUGUGGAGAUACUGUAUUAUAUAGAAAAACUAUAAAGGGCACCAACUGGAGUGAAGGAAGAUUUUGUUACUUACCUGGUUUCACAGGCCUGAAAGAAUGUUGUUUUAAUUUAUUUUACUGUAACCUGACAGAAUGGAUCAGAAGUAUUGAAGGGGUUGCUUGCUGUCAGUGUAUACACAGCAUUCUACUGUAUGUGCACAUAAACAAUAUUAUCAUGUGGUAGUGGACAGGAUGGUUGGAGGAUCAAUUAAAACGUCCAGAAAUGUAAACGUGACUGGUUGUGUUUUCGUUUGUUUCUUAGUAUCCACUCUAAACGGUAACAUUCAUAAACUGACAAUUACAAGAACUUAAAAGUAGUGUUUCUUUUUUCUCCAGUCAAAAACAGACUAUGAUUAUUUCUCUCCAGCUGUUAACAGAUGUUUGACACCAAAGUCUGAACAUUGUUUGACUUAAACUACAAAAAAAAACAAAAAAAAACAAAUGUAGUUUAACUGCUGUUGUGUAUUUUAUUGUUCUGGUAAAGAAGAAGCACAACUGACUAAAUUCCACACAUAAAGAGUAGUGAAGUAUUUAUCUUUCAAAAGCAUGCACAGGCAGGUUUUACUAUUAUCUCUGCAGUUGUGUGGAUGUUUAACAGAUUUACUGAAGAGGAGAUAGGCUCCAAAGAUGUUUUUUUUUUAGAGUGGUUCAGAGUAUGUAGGUGUCUCGAUUAAAGAACAUGCCAGAC